AUGAAGAAGAAGGAAGGCUUCGCUUGGACAGCCGAGUGCCAGCAGUCGUUCGAGGAAUUGAAGCGGUACCUUUCUAUGCCUCCCGUAUUGUCCACCCCCCAGGUGGGCGAGCCUCUAUUUUUAUACUUGGCCGCUUCCCAGAAGGCGGUGAGCUCUGUGCUAGUCAGAGAAGAGGAACGUGCACAGCACCCGGUAUAUUAUGUGAGCCGCUCCUUGAAAGCCGUCGAGACACGGUACACGGCCUUAGAAAAGAUAGUUUAUGCACUGGUGAUCGCCGUGCGCAAGUUAGCGCCUUAUUUCCAAGCCCACACUGUCCGAGUACUGACUGAUCAACCUUUGGGGAGCGUCUUGCAGAACCCCUCGUCGUCCGGUCGCCUGGUAAAGUGGGCCGUGGAAUUAACCCAGUACGAGAUCGAGUAUCAGCCACGGCCUUCCAUAAAAGGCCAAGCCUUGGCCGACUUCUUGGUCGAAUGCACAGCAAGUGAAGAAGAUAAGGUACGCACUUCGGAAGAUGACCUCGGCGAAUGGUGGGAGAUGCACGCGGAUGGAGCCGCCAGUCGACAGCAUUGCGGGGGUGGAGUCAUGCUGAUCACUCCAGAAGGAUUCCGACUGUAUUACGCCCUGAGCUAUUUGUUCCCAACGUCCAACAACGAGGCCAAAUAUGAGGCAGUGCUGAAUGGCCUUCGGCUCGUCAAGGCACUGGGAGUAGAACGACUGCGGAUCAAAACCGACUCUAGAUUAGUAGUUGGGCAGAUCUCCGGCACGUGUGAGGGUAGGAACGCCCGGAUGACCCUUUACAAGGAAAAAGCGGCGGAGAUGUUAAAAGAGUUCAAGGCCAACGAAAUAGAAUAUAUCUCUCGGACAGACAACGUGGAGGCCGACAUACUGUCCAAGAUCGCAUUGGAAGGAGUACCGGACCACCUCAUUAAGAUUUUCCAUAAGGAAGAGCUGAGUCGGCCGAGUAUCGAGGAGACGCCGUUGGAAGUCCAGCAGGUAACUCACGCAGAGUGGGAUCGGGAAAAGAACCCCGAGAUGUUUUGGAUCGAGGAUAUUCGACGGUUUAAGGAAACGGACGAAUUGCCCGAAGACCCAGGAGUCGCCGUUAAGGUUCGACGGAAAGCCCCUUCGUUCCAAAUCCUCGAUGGGCAGCUAUACAAGCGGUCAUUCGGAGGUCCUCUCUUGAAAUGUCUGCUCAGGCCCGAGGCCGAGAAGAUAAUGGAUGAAGCCCAUAGAGGCAUCUGCGCCGCCCAUCAGGGAGCCCACACACUCGCCCGAAAACUAGUCGUCCAAGGAUACUACUGGCCGACCAUGAUGCAGGAUUGCAUCGAGUGGAUAGCGAACUGUGGCGUGUGCCAAGCCUUCGCCAGGAAGGACACGCGGCCAGCGACCUUUUACACCCCGAUCACCACGGCCAUCCCUUUUGCUAAAUGGGGAAUCGACCUGGUUGGACCAUUGCCUGUCGCCCCGGGAAGCUUGAAGUUUUGCGUGGUGGCCAUCGAUUACUUCACCAAGUGGAUCGAGGCCGAGCCGCUAGCCACCAUCACCGAAUAUCAAUGUCGACGCUUCCUAUAG